GCGGCUGUCUGACAAACUCUGGCGCGGCGAGCAGCACCUGCUCGGAGCUACAGCAUGCGACGUGCAUGUCAACGAUGCGUGGAGGGGUCGAGCAAGUCGUUUUCCGGUUCAUUCUCGAGGUCUGCUGUGCGCCACAUGCUCGAAUGUUUCCUUGCGGACGAUGGUGUACACGCGCCAUCGCGAGUGCGUUGGACAGUUCUGUUCGCCCGUUUGGCGUUAUCACGACUCGCAGGAAUCGUCCAGCCUCUGACCGAGCUACGUCGUCCAUUACUCCGAUGGCGUUCGUUUUGGUCAAAGUCGACGUGGAACCAUGCGAGCGUCGAGGCUGCAUGUCCAAGUCGCCAUCUACUCGUUGUUGUUGAAGACACAAGUGCCGUGAGUUGUCCGAUAGACGAGUCGCCCCGGCAUUGUUGGCAAAGUCUGCAUGAACACCACGGUCAACGACAGCCACAAAGUGCUCAUGUUUGCAUUACAAAGUGUUUGCGUUGGAGCGCAUUCCCUGAGGCGACAGGAACCGAGAAAGUCGUGCGCAGUGCAUUGUUGUGUUUUCUUAGAUCGCCACCUCGAGUUUAGGACAACCUCCAACGGUACACAGGACAGCGCGCCGAUCCCCCCGUUACAUUCCCCUGCCACUCCCUUCAGAUAUCCCCGUCAGGGGCGGGAUGCCCCAGCCGCACCAUCGAAUGACGAAGGAAAGGAUCGGGUUUCAAGCUGACCGUCACGACCAAGAACUUUGAAGACGUCGCUGCUGCUGUCGUCGUGCAAAAGCAAGUAGACCAUCCCGAGCUUGUACUUGUGGAGUGAACCGCCUCUUGGCUCGUAUGGCCACUAGG